CCAGGGGAGAGGAAAACAUCAACUGAUAGAGUAUAGGAGAAAAGUGACCAAAGACAAGGAAAGAGACGCUCCUCAAGUAGAUUGUGCUUCCUUGGGGGAGAAAAAAUCUCUUUCAUCUACAUUAGUGUACUGCUUCUGUCUUAUUGAGUAUCAGGGUUUUGUAAAGGAUUAAAAAAAAAAAACUUUUUUGUUUUUAAAAACCGAAGCCAGUAUACAGCUUCACAAUGAAACGGAACAUUGCAGUCUUUUUUGGAGCUCUCUUUGGGGCUCUAGGAGUUCUGCUUUUUUUAGUGGCUUUUGGGUCAGAUUAUUGGCUGCUUGUGACUGAAGUUGGGAAAUGUUCAGGUGAACAUAAUGUAGAGAAUGUCACUUUCCACCAUGAAGGUUUCUUUUGGAGAUGUUGGUUUAGUGGUGUUGCUGAGGAAAAUACAGCCAACAUUUGGAAAUUCUGGUACACAAAUCAGUCACCAUCUAAGAACUGUACACAUGCUUACCUCUCCCCAUAUCCCUUCCUGAGAGAUGAGCACAAUUCAACCUCCUAUGACUCUGCAGUCAUUUAUCGAGGUUUCUGGGCAGUAUUCCUUCUCCUCGGUGUCAUGGCGGCAAUAAUCGCUACCUUCUUCAUCAUCUGCGCUGCUCCCUUUGCCAGCCACAUUCUGUUUAAAGCAGCAGGAGGAACCUUUAUCACUGCUGGUAUCCUGUUCUCUCUGGUGGUGGUAUUAUAUGUCAUCUGGGUCCAGGCUGUGGCAGACAUGGAAAGCUACACAAACAUGAAGAGGAAAGACUGCUCAGAAUUUACACCCUAUGUCAUGUAUGGCUGGUCAUUUCUGCUGGCCCCCGCUGGGAUAUUUUUCUCUCUAUUGUCUGGAUUACUGUUUCUCCUUGUGGGGAGGCAUAUUCACAUAUAUUCCUAAUCAUCUUUCUGCCACCAAUGGGAGAUAGACUAACCUUGUUGAAAUGUUUAACUGGAAUGUAAUCUUUACAUGGUGUUUCAAUUAUCCCAUUAUAGAGUUGUUUGGUGUAACUCUAGAGGUGUUUUAAAUGAAUCAUUUUAUUUAUAAUUUCCUUCUGACAAGAAAGCACCCAGCUUGUUCCAGAAAGCAAAACCUCUCAAUCUUAUCCAGAUGCAAUUAUUAAUUUUCAAUUCUUUUAGGAACUAUUUCUCAUGGGUCUCUUUUUUAAUGGCACAUAGAGUGUUAGGUCUCAUGUUAAUUCUGGGGAACUGAUAACAACAAAAUAUCACAUGGGUCAAAUAAGGAUUUUUUUUUUAAGCUGCCUCUUGGCAUUAACUUCUUUUGGUGUUGGAAAAGAAAAAGGCCUUGGGAGAAUGCUUAAGAAUGACAAACAAAUGUUGAUAGAGUAACUCAAUCCAUCUCCCCCACCACACAUAUAUAUAUCUACAUACACAUUCAUUGAAUCCAAUGAACAAAUUCUUUAUUGUUUAAAAAUAGACACCAGUUGUUCCUGGUGUACUGGUCAUAAAAAUUCAUCAAUAAAAUGUAACAGGAAGCAGGGGCAGUAUUAAAUGUACAUAUACAGCUUAGAAUAGAAUAUGUAUUAAUUUUUGUAAACUUCAUUAUCUUUAUUAAAAUUGUGCAUGUUUAUGUAAACCUUAAUGCAUAUUAAGAGAUGGUAAAAAUAAAUGCCAAAAUUAAUAUGUCUAGUGUUGAAUGGAUAAAAAAGAACCUAAUACUGAGUUAAAUAAAUAAAAUAUUACAUGUAAAGAUAUUUAAAAUUACACAGAAACCAAAGGCCUUAGCUUGGGGUAUGAUUCUAUUUAAUAUUUUAAAAUUCCCAUUUCAAAAGUAUAUUGCUAUGAUGAUUUUCAGUGUGAAAGAUUUAUUUAAAGGAGUAUGCUUUUAAUAUUCAAAAGCCAUAAACAUUCAAAAUAAUUCUAUCUGAGUAUGAGACCAGGGUUGUUUUGUUAAAUAAGGUAAUAAAUUAACUUUUCCUACUCUC